UUUAAGUAAAACAGGUUAUGUUACAUUUGAUUAUUUAUUUGUUUAUCGCCAUUUUGUUUCUUUGUAUUAGUGUGUAUGAGUGUAAGGUGUUUAUUCCCUCGAAGAGUGGCACUGGUCAUUCAUCCAAAGUCGAGGUAUAAUGGAGCGGAGAGUAACAAGUUGAAUCACGCCCAAUUAUUUUCAAUUCAUACAUGUUUCCUCUGCUUUAAUGUUCUUUAGAUAAACGUUAAAGAAUUUGAUACGUACUUAUAUAAAUCAGUAAAUCUAUAAAAUUCUGUGUCGUUUUAUUAAUUGACACUCACAAGAUGAUUUUCCAGUAAGACAGUAUAUUUUUGUAUAAAUGGUCAUGUCAUUUGUGUUUAGUUUUAAUUCUAAGUAUUCUUGACAUCAAAUAAGAGUUUAAGUUUUAUUUAGCUACUUUUUUAGAAUGCCGGGAACAACUGGAGGACGCAUUCGUCUGGCAGAACUUAAUGAUCAGCUUACUUGUAAACUUUGUCAAGGAUAUUUUAUUGAUGCAACAACAAUAGUUGAAUGUUUACAUUCAUUUUGUAAAAGUUGUAUUGUCAAGUAUCUUAAAAAAAACAAAUACUGCCCAAUAUGUGAAGUGCUGGUGCACGAAUGUAAACCUUUACUUGGAAUUAAACCAGAUUACACACUUCAAGAUAUUGUUUACAAAUUAGUACCCGGUUGUUACCAAAAUGAAAUGCGUUGUCGAAGAGAAUUUUAUGACAAGUAUCCAGAAGCAAAGAUUGCAGGUAUGUCUCCAGAAGCAAGAGGAGAACCUAUUGAAUCACAUAUAUAUUCUGCCGACGAAUUACUGAACCUUUCGUUGGAGUAUUAUAAUCCAACUUAUAUAAAAACAAUUAAUAUUAUUCCUGCUUUAAAGGAACCUAACGAAUCCGAAUUUAAUUCAGAGAAAAAAUUAUCAAAGAUUUAUUUAAGAUGUCCGGCUGCAGUGACUGUGUAUCAUUUAAAAAAAUUAAUACGAGCUAAGUAUGAAUUACAUGAUGAGCGUCAAGUUGAUUUUAUGUAUAAAGAGGAGCCAUUGUGUGCUAAUUAUACUUUGAUGGAUGUAAUGUACAUUUAUCAUUGGAGAAGAAAAGUUCCAUUGAAUUUGAAUUACAGAAUAUUUGCACAAUUACCUCACCAUUUAGCAGCAUCAGAUGAAGAUUUAAAUUUAAAAGAGAAUGAAAAAGUUGAGAAUGAAUGUAAAAAAUCUAAUGUAACUAAUGUUUCUAGAAAUAAUUUAUCUCGAAAAAAUUCAUCUGAUAAAAAGUUGAAUACUGCAAUUACAAGUGUUCCUAUGAUCACAGAUAGUUCAAAUGAACCUCAAAGGAUACAAGAUUCAGUAAAUAUAACAUCGACGAGUAUUUUAAAUAGUUCUGAAUGUAACAAUAAACAAGAGUUAGUUAUGACAACAACUACGACGACGUUAACAACAAUGACGACAACAAUUUCAACAUCUUUAAUAACCGCAAAAACAAUUACAACUCAAAUAAAUGAACCGAGUUCUUCGAUAACUACUUGUCGUAUAUCGAAUACCACUAAUACAUCAACUCCCAAUAAUAAUGAUAAUAAUAAUAAUAAUAAUAAUAACGACAAUAGUAACGUAAGUGAUGAUCAAAGUAGUUUAUCAAUAGAAGCCGCAAAUAGCAUAAUGAAUUCAAAAACACUUGCUUCACAACUAAAUACAACUACUAGUGCCAUAUUAAAACCAAUUACAAAAAAAAUAGACAUUUUACCAAAAGGAACAACUAUCAAUAAAAUAUGUACCAAAAUUAAUAAUUCAGGUUCUAAAAUAAAUGAUAUUUGCUCAAAAAUAAGGAACUUUUCAAAAAGAAAAUCCAAAGUUGAAAAGAGUAAGCCAGGUGUGCCUACGUUGCUAAAGGUUACAAAAAAAUCUGUUAUCUCAACACCUGAUGAUGUAGUUAAGCGCAUUUCUACUGUUUCAAUUUGCAGUCCACAUAGUUCAAAUAAAUCUAUAAACAAUGAACCGGAUGAUGAAUCGUUACCAACAACAGCCGCACCAUCAAUGUCGACUACUUUUGAAGGAUCUGGGCUAGUUGCCAGUGAUAAAUUAUGUAAAGCGUCAGAAAUUCCAUCAUUCAACAAAUUUGAAAGUUCUUCUGAUAUGAUGAGUUCAUCGGGGUCUAUACAAAUGAAUUCAACAGUUGAAAGUGAAACUUCUCAGAUUUUAUCUCCCAAUACAUCCGGACUAAAUGAAAGUCCAAAUGGUGUUAAAAAAAAACCACCAAUCGCAAAACCACCACGAUUAUCUAAGAUAAAACCGCCGUUGAAAUACCAAGGCAAUCGUGAGAUUUCUAUUAAACCAUUAUUUAAUAAUAAUGAUGAUAUGAAUGAUAGAAAGAAUUCUUUUCCAAGCGCUCCACCGAAUAAAGUAGCCAUACCAUCAGGAUUUAGUUCAAAGCCCAAAUAUGGGCCAAAACAUAUUGCUCCACAUCCUCCUUCCAAUCUUUCUUCUUAUUUACCUCAAGGAAGUUAUCAUCAUUUACCAUUUAUACCAAUUAGCAGUAAUUCAUCAUCAUAUCCUACAAAUUCUUCAGCGUUUAUGUUUUCAACUAACCCUUUCAUCUCUACUUCAAUACAAAAUAUUAACCUGAAGCCUAUUUAUUCUCAACUACCAUUCACUGGAUAUACUAACGAUGUCCAAAGUUACUCGAACUCUUUGAUUGGAUCUCCGGUUCAAGUUCCUACUUCGAAUACCAUUACAAUAAAUGUUUUACCUGUAUCUCCAAAUUUUCAACAAAGCGCUGAUAAUAUUUCUCCUAAUACAACUAUUCAUUACCGUCCAGACUUAACAAUAAGACCAGUAUUUUCUUCUACACAAGUACCAUACGCAAAUAAUUAUACUUCAUCAUUAAUGCCUACUAAAACAACUGUUCCUAAUUUAACUACUUACGUUGAAAGAGAAUCAACUCCUUCAACUAGUUUAGAGAAUAAAAAAAAUUUGAAUGAAAAGAAUUCUCAGAAUUCUAACGCAUCUAGUUUUUUUAUAGAUUCAAUAGUUAAUAAUUAUGGCACAGAUUUCUGUAAAAGUUCUAACUCAUCUUCGAACUUGGAAAAUGUUUCAGUUCAUCCAGCAACUUUCAUAAAUUCAAUGAAAUCCUAUGAAAGCAAUACAAAAGUUCAGGAAAAAGUUGAAAAUAAUAACAAAAAAGAUGACGAGAAACAAGAAUUGAGUGUUAUUUGUAAUAAAAAAGAAGAAGAAAAGUCUGAAACAAAGAAUAAAAGUAUUGAAGCACAAAAUAACGAUAAUGUAGAUGAUAUCACAAACAAACAGUUAAUGCAAGAGAAAGAUAGAAAAGUUGAUAAACAACUCAACCGAUGUUCAUCAGCAAUUGAAAAUUCGAAUGCAGAUACAAAUGAAAAAAAGGAUGCGGCAUUAUCAAAAAAUGAUGCCGAAACUGAGUUAAAUAAAAAAAGUAUUACCCAUAAUUCAACUGCAAUGUCAGGAGAAAGUGGAGGACGAAUACGUCUAGCAAAACUUAACGAUCAACUUACUUGCAAGCUUUGUGGAGGAUAUUUUAUAGAUGCAACAACAAUAAUAGAAUGUUUACAUUCAUUUUGCAAGAGUUGUAUCGUCAAGUAUUUGGAGACAAAUAAAUAUUGUCCAAUAUGUGAAGUUCAAGUACAUAAAAGUAAACCUUUAUUAAAUAUUAGACCGGAUCAUACGUUACAAGACAUUGUUUACAAAUUAGUGCCCGGUUGUUAUCAAAAUGAAAUGCGCUGUCGAAGAGAGUUUUACGAAAAAAAUCCAGAUGCCAAGCUGACAAGUAUGUCUCCUGAGGCAAGGGGUGAGCCUAUUGAAUCGCACAUUUAUUCCCCAGAUGAAUCUCUAAGCCUUUCAUUAGAGUAUUACAAUCCAAAUUUGGUCAAUGAUACCACUACUGUUAUUUCUCCUGCGGAAGAAUCAAAAGAAUCCAUAAUACCUGUUAAUUCCAGUAAAGUUCUACCAAAACGGUAUUUGAGAUGUCCAGCAGCAGUGACAGUUUUUCAUUUACAAAAAUUACUAAGAGCUAAGUAUGGUUUAAGUGAUGCCCAUAGAGUUGAUGUGAUGUACAAAGAAGAACCAUUGUGUAGCAAUUAUACCCUAAUGGAUGUCAUGUAUAUAUACCAUUGGAGACGAAAAGUUCCAUUGCAUUUAAGUUACAGAAUAUUCGAAUCAUCACCUAAACGUUUGAAAUUAUCUGAUGAUAAUACGCAUUUUCAAGAAUCUCUAAACAAUGCUGGCAUUUGUCAACCAAUGGAGAUGAAAGAAGUACAAUUGAAAAUUUCUGAGACUGGAAUAAUGAGCUUUACUGGAGUUUCUGGAAGUUCAGAGUCGAAAAAAGUUGCAAAAAAUGAAUUAAGCGUCGAAAGUGAUAAUCAGACAACGUUAGGAACAGUGAAAAGUGAAGAAAAGCCAUCGACAGGUGAUGAAAAAGAAUCUAGUAGUACAAAGAAAAAUAUUGGAGAAGAAGAAAAGAAGAGUAAUGAUAAUGAGAAGAAGUUAAACAUCUCUAAAACUUUUUCAGAAAGGAAAGCAAUAUCAAAUAGUAAUAACAAUAGUAACAGCAGUAGCACGAAUACUAAUAAUAAUAGUAGUAGUGGCAGUAGUAAUAAUAACAAUAGUAAUAACAGUAGUAACACACAAGAGUCAAAUUCAAAACCGGAAACUCGAGAAAAAAGCAGAAAUGCAGAAACAAGUCAAUUACCUAGCGGAAGUGGAUCAAAAAUUGAUGCUUUAAGUGUAAAAUUACAGUUUCAACCGAAAAUUGGACAGAUAAAUAACACAUACAGUAAAAAAUCUGUAAAGGAGAAGAAGACAAUACUAGAAAAAGUAUUGAAAAAGUCUGAUAAUAAAAAUAUAGCCGUAGAUGGUCAAAAAGAGAGUCUAAAAAAUACAAUUGAUAAGAGUAGAUCUGUUACUAGUCUCACAAUUUAUCCAAGUAAAUCCAAUCCAACGAGUAAAGCAGCUUCAAAUGUCGUUCAAAGUGGAAUUAAAGGUAGUGAAGCUUUUAACACGAGUUCUGUACCAUUUUCAACCAUUUCUACGUCUUCUUCCUCGACUUCCUCAGGAUCUAUUUCAAUCACAACAAGAAGGAAUUCAUCUCCUGAUAGAAAUAAAGAAUCGAAUUCCAGUAAUAGCAAUGCCUUAUCGAACUUUAGUAAAAGAGGAAAUAAUUCAAAUGAAAACAAUGAAGGCUGUAACCAAAAAUCCAGUUUAAGCUCAAAUUCUAAAAGUCCUUUUACACGUCAAAAUAGUUCAUCUAAUGAGAGUUCAAAUGUAGGAGUAAAUAGUAAUGUUUCAACGAUGAUGGGAAAUUUAACUCAGUCUGAAUCGUCUUACGGAAUUCAAGAUUUAAUUAAUUCAACAAUGAAGAAUACAUUAAAAAAUUCCGGAUUAAAUAUAGGACAGAAAACAACGAUAACAAGUGUUCCAAUGACGACACAAGUUAAUUUACAAAGCUCUUCAACCAGUACAUAUUCGAUAUCGAAUAUUACAAAAACUACUUAUUCUGCUAAUACUAAUAAUAGUGGAAACAACAGUGGUAAUAAUAAUAACAGUAAUAGUAACAAUAAUGCAAAUAAUAAUAGCAGUAAUCAAAGUGGAAAUUCAUCAACAAAGCAAGAGAACAUAAAAGGAAAUUCAGAAAUGAGUGUUUAUGCAGUUCCUCCGUGUCCAGAUGCUAUUCCAAUUUCUUUAAUGAAGCCAACAGUAAGAAAAACAGAAAUAAUAUCAAAAGGAACUAAUCUCAAUGAAAUAUGUGCUAAAAUUGGAACUUCAGGUUCUAAAAUAAAUGAUAUUUGUGCUAAAAUAGGAGAACAUUCAAAAGAAAAAAAUAAAACGGAAAAAUCACGACCAGAGAUUCCUGAUUUGCUAAAAAUAACGAAAAAAUCGAUAACUUCUACAUCUAGUGAUAUGGUUAAACACAUUUCAAAUAUUCCCAAUGUUCCAAUUUACACACCAAGUAAUUUAUUAGGGUCUAAAAAUAGUGAAUUGAGUAAAGAAUCAACAAUCUCUUCAACAUCAACUACAACGUUAUCAACCUCAUCUACAUCUUCCGGAAUUACAGCUUCGUCGUCAAUGUUAACUACUACCGUUCUAUCUUCACUUUCUUCGUCAAUGUCUGUAACAACGACAACUUUAUCAACACCUACGACUUUGUCAUUGAUAAGCUCACAUGUAUCUGGACUAAUGGGAAAAGGAAACUCAGUUAAAAAAUCUCAAUCGUCAACGGUUGGUUAUAAGACACUCCGCGAUCCACCAAAAUCUUGGAAUCCAACACUUUCGAAGAACAGUUAUUUAGCAGCGAAAAAUCAAGCUAAAGAAAUACAAAAUAUUCAAAUAACAUCAUUAAAUUCAUCAGAAGUUGGUAGUAGUAGUCUUUCAGGAGGAAAACCAAUCAUGUCUAAACCUGCGAAAAUUUUUAAGAUGAGAAAUAUGCCAAGAUAUCUUGGAAAUCCUGCUUCAGGUGUUAAACCUAUGUAUAGUGUUAAUAAUGAUACAAAAGAGGGAAAAGAUCAACAAUCGGGAGCAGCAACAUCUUCAAAAAACACUGUUACAACAACAGGAUUGAGUUCAAUGACAAAAAUUGAUCCAAAAACUCUUGCUCCUAUUGUUUCUACCAACUCUAAUUCAUCCAUUAUUUCUUUACCGCCUUAUUCACCAAAUAGAAGUUAUCAAAAUACACCUUUCUCCCGUACUAGUGGUAGUUCUGCUUUGUCUCCUAGAAAUUCUCCAGUAAACAUGCUUUCAACCAACCCUUUCAUACCUUCUCCAACGCCAAAUACCAAUCCAAGGUUAAUUUAUUCCCAUUUUCCACCUCCAGCAUUUGCUACUGACGCGAGCAGAUUUCCUAAUCCUUUAAUUAGAUCUCCCAUUGGAAUUCCACCUCCGAGUGCUUUCCACAGUAGCUUGCCUCCUUCAAUAAAUAAACUUUAUCAGAGAUCGAGUUAUAUUCCUCAGACUACGACAACCGCUUAUUCUCAAGGGUUAAAUACACAACCGGUCUCUACUGCAAUGCAAAGAAUACCUCCUAGCAAUUAUUCCUCACCAUCAAAAUCACCUAAAACAAUUGUAUCUAAUUCAACUUUGAAUGUCAAAAAUGAAACCUCUGCUUCUACGAGUUUAGAAAAUAUCGUACACCUUAAGGGAAUCUCUCAUGAUUCUAAUGUAUUUAACUUAUCAACUACCACAGGAACUAUAAGUAAUUAUGCAUCAGAUUUGUCAAAGACUAGUAAUUCACCUUUGACUGCAGGAGAAGGUUCAACCAAUUCUGCAGCAUCUACAAAGUCUUUUGGAAAUGAUGGAAAAAAUCAAACUAAGAAUGAAGAAAAAAGUGAGGAUGAUGAGAAAAAAGAGAAAAUUAAAAGUAACAAAGAAAAAGAGAAAACUGAUGAUGAAAAGAAAUCUGGUGACACUAGUAAUAAAGAGUCAGGCGAAAAACUUGAAGACAAAGGGAAAGGUGAUGAAGAGCUAAAUGAAAAGGAUAAACAAAGUGAAGAUAGUAAAAACAAAGAUAAAAAAGACAAACAACUGAAAAAAAAGGGAAAAGAAGUUGAUAAAAAAGUAACUAAACGAGUUCUUAGAAAAGACUCAAAUGAUUCUGAUAAAAAUACAGUGAAUAAUGAAGAUAAUAAAAUCAGUGAAAGCAGUGAUUCUUCCUCAUCUAAAAAUGAAGUAACUGAUCACCUAAUAAUCAAAGUCAAUGGUAAUCCCAAUGAUAAAUCUAAUGAUCAACAAAAUGAUGAUUCUUCCAGUAAACAAAACAAAGAUCAAGGCAAUGAAUCAACGAAUCAACAUUCUAGUAGUAAUUUUUCUACAGAAGAUGAUAAAUCCAAAAAUUCGAACAAAUCGAGUACAGAGGAAACAGAUAAAAAUACAGAAAAUAAGGAAGGAAAUAAGGGAGAAUCACAAAAGAAAGAAGGUGAUUAAAAAAAAUCAUUAAAAUAUUUUUUAAUGAAAUAAAUAACUAACUAAAUAGUUAUUAAAUAAUUUGAAUAUUAAACAAACUUUAAUAUUUAAAACAGUUUCUGAAUUGAUGAUAGUUCAAUAAUAAGGAAACUAUUAAAUAGCCAAGGAUUUAGUAGAAAGAAAAUUUGAAAAUCAUCCGGAGUGCAAUUAUUUAAUGAGUUUAAUACUAAUAAUUAAAACAAAAAUGAGAAACGAAGAGAUAGAUUAUUAAAAAAUAAUCUCAUUGACUAUUAAAGUCAAUACGUAGAGUGAAUGUAUCGAAUAAAUGCAUAAUAUAUUUAAAAAGAGCUUGCUCGCAGCGAAAACGCUUGUAAAUAUUGAAAUUAAUGUAAAUAAUAAAAUAAUCAUUUAUUAAUUGCGGGAACAAAAGUUGACGCAAAUAUCUUAAGUAAUAUGUAUAGGAUACGAUAAAAUAUUAUUGAUAUUAAUUAUAUAUUAAUAUUACA